ACUGCCCCAGCACACACCGCCGUGCCUUGUCACCUCACAGCUAACCGGGAGGACCAAACAUGCUGUUGUGUUAACUUAUUAAAACUCAAGUUUUCGCCCAAAAAUACCCCUCAUCUGCAGGCUUCCAGGAGUGGGAGUGGAGUUGGAUCUUUCACUCUUAAGUUUUUUUUGUUUUUGUUUGUGUGUGUGGACAUCUCAUUGGACUUCUUGCCUCAGCCAUGGGCAGCAAGACUCUGCCAGCUCCAGUCCCUCUCCACCCAUCACUCCAGCUGGCUAACUACUCACUUCUCCAGAGCUCCACAGGCCUUCAGGUCCCAACGGAUCACUUCCACAGCAUCUACAGCUUCAGUGCCUUACAUGCCAUUCAGCUUCACCAAUGGACUCCGGGCUUUCUGCCUGUGGCCCUGCCUCGCGGCACUAUCUCAAAACUGCCUUUCCAAUUCUCGUCUAUGGCCUCCUUCCCUAUCUUCCCUCACCACCUGCAGCCCAAGCAGGACUCAACAAUUCGGAUGCAGAGCUCAAAGAACAAGCCUCGCUUUGACUUUGCCAACCUGGCCACAGCAGCCACCCAAGAGGAUCAUCUAAAGGCAGAAGACCUGAGCGUGUCCGGGGUUUCUGCUGCCGCGUCAUCUCACCAUUCUGAUACAAACGGCCUUGGGUGCCUCCUGGAUGUGACCAAGCUCUCCUACCCGGAGCGCAAGUCCAGUCGAGGCCGGUUGCCCUCAAAGACCAAAAAAGAAUUUGUCUGCAAAUUCUGUGGCCGCCAUUUUACAAAAUCCUACAAUCUGUUAAUCCAUGAGAGAACGCACACAGAUGAAAGGCCAUACACAUGUGAUAUCUGCCACAAAGCCUUUAGAAGGCAGGACCACCUCCGAGACCACAGAUACAUUCAUUCCAAAGAAAAGCCCUUCAAGUGUCAGGAGUGUGGGAAAGGCUUCUGUCAGUCCAGGACUCUGGCUGUCCACAAAACAUUACACAUGCAAGUCAAGGAACUGAAGCCAGCCAAGAUUAAGUGAUUCACUUUACUUCAACGCAAAGGACACAGCAAACCAGGAGAUAUACUGUUCAGUAUGACCAAAUACAAUAAUAAUCAAUGAACAACCAAAGACUUAAAAACAACAAAGACAAUCUCAGUUGGUGGUGGGAGACCCUCCAAUGUCAUCCACUUCUGUGGAACCGCUGCUCAAGGAUGAACAUUUUCACCAGCAAAUUCUUAAAAGACAAAGAAAUAAGCCUUUGUGAGGAAAAGCAUGAAUAGUUAUUAGAGUUGUCUUGACAGAGACCCCAGUGGAUAUGUGGAAUGUGAAAGAGCAAUAAUAAAAAAAAAAAAAAAGAACCUGUGGCUGCUCAUUCCAAAUACUGCACUGCAGAAACUUGUAGUUCAAAAACAAGAUCCCACAAAUAUUCUGCAAGUGAGGGGGAUAAAAGCCAUCCCAGCAAAAUACAUUUCCUCCAUUUCAAUAUACCAUUCCAAUGUUAUUUUUGUACUGAUGCAUAAUAUCAUAAAUGUAUUUUUGCACUUUAAUCUGAUUAUUGAUUUUUUUCCCUAUAUA